CGAAUGACGGAAUGCCUUGUAUUAAGAGUAUUUCUCGUUACGAAUCUCUAUCACUUUUGCCACAUAUUUAGAGUGUGUAGAUAUAUUACUUGUGUUUGACUCUCGAGUAUUUUACAUGGAAAUUGAUAUCGAUACAUAGUCAUAACACUUAGCUAGAAAUGCAUUGAUUUUACAGGUUUUAUGACAGUGUUCGAGUAUAAGUUCAUGACUAACCGGCUAUGUGAAAGCUUGUGGUUAUACAUGAAACCGAAACUAAUAAUUAAAAGAUAUUAUGUUUCACGGACAUUCAGUGAUGUAAAGGGACGAAAAUAAUCAAGACAUACUAGAAACAUUCAUUUUAAGGAAAUAUUCUUAAUUUCCGACAUCAACAUACAUAUUGUAUUGACGGACAUUAAAAAAAGGAUUGAAAUAAUUUGAGUUAAGUUAUUGAAUGCUGACAGCGUGCUUGUCUCUGGGUAAAAUAACCAAAAUAAUGGACGACAAGGUGACAGAAAUUCGGUCAGGUAUAGACGAAAUACGGCUGACUAGUAAAUUCCUGUUGAAACGACUCAACCGGGUUAUAGAUGAUGGCAACACAGAAUGUACCUGCAAUUGCAAUACAGAACCAAUUGAUAAAGACAUAGAAAAACUCCAGACACGCAUAAAGGCGCUUGAGGAAAGGCUCAAAACAACAGAUGAAAGUCGUUUAAGUAAUGAUCUGAAGGUACUUGUUGACAGGUUUGACUUGGUGGAACGUAAUUUUCAAGAAGAGACCGGAAAUUUAAAGCUUUUUCAACGUGGACCAACAGUCUCUGAUACAGCAACGAGUAAAAUAAAAUCAAAGACUAAAUCUGAACCUAAUGAUAAAGAUAAAACUGCCAAUCAAAAACAUGAUGACACUAAUAGAAGGAAGAUUGUAAUAAAUGAUGAUGAAGGCGACCCACUAACAGCAGAUCCAAACGGUCAAGGUCUACAUAAACAUACAAAUGGUUUAAAGUCUAAGUCAGCACCGCCUGAGGGUGAUAAUGCAUUUUACAGAAUUCAAACCGAGGAGAAAAACGACGCUACAAAGACUAAAGAGAAACAAAAAUUAAACGAUGAUAAAAAGGUCAAAGAAAAAGGUUUGAGAAACAAUGAAAAGAUAUCUGAGAUUGUUAACAACAAAAGCAACACUGGAGAAGGAAAUAAAGGAAUUAUAAAAAGUUGCAGCAAUGUUGCGAUAAGAAAGCCAAACUUCAUGGUAUCCAAACAGUCAGGUAUUAUAUUUUUCUUAUAUCGAAACCGUAAUUUUUGAAGUAAUACUUAAUGUUGCAUUUACAGUGUGACUUAAGUUCACAGGCCUCCAUUGGUCCGAGACCACCUGAUUUUGGCAAGGACCACCUAAUUUUACAGGCAACUGGUCCGUUAGACCACUUGAAUUUUCCAAAUGGUGCAGGGCUCAUCUGGGAGAAUGGUUAUUUGGUCGAAAAACGUGUUCUAUAAUUGUUGUUUAAAACCAUUUCUCCGAUGUACAGGUUUAUGUUCAUUCGUCUCAUU